GCCCAGACCAGGCGCCGAGCGCGGCCGGCACGCGUCCGCGGGCUGCCCGACGCGGACCACGCGCGUCCGCACACCACGGACGACACGCGGCACGCGCAGCACCCAGUGAAUAGCGCACUACUGGCCAACUCUGAGGGUUAGCGCCAGGCUGCAGUGCCCGCGGACGCGACGCGACGGCCGCGACUGCGUAGAACCACAGUUGAGCGCGCCACCGCGCCGCCGAAUAGCUACGAUGCGGCCCGAGACGAAGCCGACGACGCGCCUCGGCCAGGAGCUGCGCACGACGGUGGCGCCGGCCUUUGGGCAAGAAUCAAGGAUGCUGGGCAUCUUUAUUCCCGGUCCCGACCUCUCGAAGUCGGGCGCCGACGCCUGGGCCAAAAGUCAACUAGAUCCGAUAGAAAAGGCUAGAAGGAAGGCUCGGAAAAUAGAGAAGAGCCUCACGUCGGUCGGUAAAAGACCGUCAGAUUUCGACACUAGAAGGUUUGUCAGGAAGGUCGCGACCGCAGCUAGUGUUCUUGAACACAAACCGGUGAUAGGACGGACGUUCCUGAGCGAUGACGAUAUACCACAAUUCUUGCAACGGAAGGUGAACUGUUCCCUGACGGCGGCGCAGGUCGGGGCUUUGCUGGAUAAGGUACCUGAGUACUCUGAUCCGAACAAGACGAGUGAUUGGCUGCUCGAGCACCAACCUGAAUCUAGAGUUGUGGACGCGGUCUUUGCGGUCAACUUGAUAACGUCGUUAGGAGAAGCGCACAACGGUGUCCAAACGGCGAAUCGCAUACGCGCCGAUCUUAAAGACGCGGCCCUCGAGGCGAAGGUGCAUAAAGCGGCGCGACCGAAGUCUGCGCCGAACCGCGUGCGGCCGCCCGUCGUCGGCCAGUGCACCACGGCGUUCAUGCGGUUGCUCGACUCGCCCUCCAAGAAGAAGACUGAACCUACCAUAAGUUUUGGCGUCGCCGCGAAGCUACUGACAAAAAUGAAGAAGACCCGUCCUAAAAGUGCGCGGGGCUGGGGUUCGAGGGAUGCUCGUCCAUCUGCAUAUGCGAGAGAUAUAGCCGGCUGGUCCAUCAAGGCUGUCAAGAGACCGAAGUCAGCGUUGCCGAAGCGCAGCGCCCAUGCCCGCUUGAACAACCUGGUGGCCGGGGCGCACAUUAUUGAUCUCGGAGGCCCUCGGAGACGCACGGAACUCCCGCCGGCACCUUUACCUUCACCUGUCAGGAUGCGAGACCUACCGCAAAAACCCCUCGAGGCACACGAUGCCGGCAUCGCCAAGCUCCAAGCCAUCGCAUUACGCCACGAGCGCCACGCCAUCGACCGGCUGGACGGGUGUGACAUACAAGAUCUGGCUUCUUUCGUUGAGAAACGAUUUCACGUCCACCUGACCAAAGCAGAGGCUUCCGCGAUCCAAGGUCUAGCGCGGGACGGUGUCGCGCUCCAAGCUACUUUGCGAGAGUUGGCCACGAUCGGCUGCCGGCGCUCGCCACGCGUGUUGCUGUCCGGUUUAUUAGCUGCUGUUCCUCUAGCACCGGGUGCCAAUGAAUCAUUAGUAGCAUUAGGUGGAGAUCUAGCAGCAAAGGCCUCGCAAGGGUCAGGCCACGCCCAGGAUAGGUUGGAGAAGCUCGAGCGGGCCUGUGCGUGGGCCGCCCGUCGUAUUGAGCUGUAUCCGGACGACGAGUCGAUAGCCUUUGGGCUGAAAAGAUUACAAAAAUUAGUAAGGGCGGAGCUCGAACGUAGGCACGUUACCAAGAAGAAAGUGAAAACAUUGAGACAUACCGUGUCCAACAAACCCGCGGACAAGCCUAAACUCGUCAGGAGGGAGUCGAAUCUCACAAAACUAAAAAAUCAAUUAAAUGAUGCGCAUGAAAGACAAGCUCAACAGCAAGUAUUGUCGAAGUUCACGGAGAACCACAGGGUGAGGGAGCACCAGGUGUUCAAGGACGUCCAGGCUCGGAGUCAUCGCGCGCGAGCUACGAUGAAUGCAGCCGAAUUUGCCAGCAUGAUCCAUAGAGAUUUAGCGUCGCAGGCGGCGUCGGCCUUCGCCGUGGCGAAGAGUCCCGUUUCUCAGAAGGACGAGGAUGAGUUACAUGAGGAGCGGCUGCACCGGAUGACGCGCGCGGGCUCGCCCUGUUCGUCCGGGGACGAGGGCUCGCCCCAGGCGUCUCCAGUGAAGCCCGUGCAAAAGGUCACGGAAGUGAAGGCUCCGUCGAACCCUACGACGCCGCGGCGGCGGCCGUCGCGUCGCACAUCGUUACCGACGACGCCCUCGCAGCGGGGCCCCUUCGGCGCCGUCGCGACCCAAUUAGCGGCAGAGGUCAUCAACAAUUGCGUGCGGAGCUUCGUGUAUCGUUGUUUGAGAAAGAAGAUGGCGCGGGCCCAACACGAGUGGAAGCGCUGGAUGGAGCAGCGCGCCCAUCGCAUGCUGGCAAGAGCCGCGCGGACCUGGGCCGCGAAAGCAAGGAUGCGGAAGCGGUAUCUGCGGGUGCAGGCCCAGUUGUUCGACCAGUCGAGGUCGAUCAUCGAGCGACUCAUACUGCGCAAGGUGCGGAAGAUGAGGGCCCUCAAGGCUGGUUUAACUGGGGCGGCCUACGCCAUGGCCGUCGGUUCUAUUUUUGAUAAAGAUCCCCUGUCCGAGGAGGAGGCUGCUGUGAGAUUGCAGAAGCGUUUUAGGGCGAUUGAUGCUCGGGCUCGGUCGAUGACCUUGCAACACGCGCGCGAAGCUACUAGAUGCAUCCGAGUGGAGGUCGUGAAGGCGCGCGGGCUGCGCGUCGCUGAUGCUCGACGCCUGAACCAGGCCGACCACCACACGUUCAUCGGCGGGGCCGCGGAUCCGAGAUGUUACGUUUCUGCACAGUUAGGUAACAGGGGAGGCUUCGGUCCUAGUAAUGCCGGCGCUCCCGAAGAAGCCAAGGAAAGAAUAGAGCGCCAGUACGACAUCUUACUGAAGCGGCACCAAGCUCUGGACGAGCAGCACGUCCGCGACGACGGUGUGGAAAAACGAAAGUAUCUCGAUGCGCUAGACAAGCUCAAGGAGAGCUCGGAGGAGAAGAAUAGAGAAGCCAUAGCGUCGCGCGCGGCCAAUCUGAGUAGCGUCAUGGACAAGGCCUGCCUCCUCAAAAUGCGGCGGAACACGAUGCCGUUCUGGAUGCCGUCCAUCGUGCGCGCGCGGGACUGGGGCAAGUUCGCCGCCUAUCCGUCAAGAUACCCCCUAUUCCGGGCCAAGACGAAGGUGAUCCAGAAGACGCUGGACCCGACGUGGAACGCCCAAUUUGACGUCCAUGGGGUGGACCCCGACUCCACGGUCACGUUCACGGUAGCUGACGUGGACGAUCCGACGUCGCCUCAGUCCGCCGACGAUCGCGACGACUUCCUCGGGCAAGUCACCGUGCAACUGAACGCGCUGCGGCACGCCGACUUUCUAGCUCAAAUGACCUACGAGGCCGAGCGGCGGGCCAAGCUGAAGGCCAAGGCGGGCCGACGGCCUUCUAAAACAAAGACGCGCCUCCAGGCCGACGGCGCGUUGCUCGUCAUGGAUGCUCGGGCAAGGCUAGGUCCGAACCUCGUUCCGGUCUCGAAAGUAGUCAAUGAGAAGGUGAACCACGUGGCGUUCGACGACGUCCACGUCGAGGCGACGGGCGCCGUGUAUUAUAGGAUCUGGGCGGCGCCUCGAGCUAGAUCGAUCUGCGGGCACUUGGAGGUGAAGGUGCAACGAGGUUUUGUGGUCAGUUUCUGGAAACCGGUCUGGGCGUGCCUGGCGUUUAACAGGCUGACGCUGCGGGACCAUCGCGGGGACGAACAUUUGCGGUUGGACUUGCCUUUACGUCAUCUCGAGGCCGUGGAAGUGCACUCGCCGGAGACGGCGGAAAGUAUAGGGGAUACGUUUUCCUUGGUCCUUGGAGGUGGGAAGCGUCAUGACUUGCGGGUCGGUGAUCUCGGAACACCUUUGAGGGAUGUGGAGCACCAGGCCUGGGUGCGGCGGUUGCGGCGAUGCGCGCCUAGAAUACCAACAAAUGAAUUCGCGGACAGCGCGUGCCCGUUCCUGGAAUAUACGGAGACGCGGAAAAACGACGGCGGGGUUGCCGCGAGGCGGGCCUCCAUGCAGCGGCGGGCCGUCGCGCCGGGGAAGGGCGUCGAUCCCCUUGCUGGGUUGGGGGAUUUUUUGGCGAUGAAUGGGUAAUGUGGUCCACUCUA